GCGAUAUUUUGAUCAAUAAAGACUAGACAGCAGAACCAAAGAAGAAAUGUUUUCAAAAGUUUUUAUUUUGGCACUUUUUGGUGCUUGUCAAGCAUCCAUCUAUGGUGAACAACUAAGUUCCGGAUUCAGUGGUUACAAGUACCUUCCUCCAAGUAAAGAAAGUAGUCUUAGAGGUACCACUGGUGGUGGUUCCGGAAGUCUUGGAAGUUCCUUAUACACUUCUACAAGUACUGGAGGUUCUGCUAAAUCAAGUGGUUCUUCUUAUAUCUCAUACAGUCAAGAAAAUCCCGGUGGCUCUUCAGGAUCUAGUGGUUCUAACGGAUAUGAAAGUUUAAGUGAAGGAUCUCUUGGUGGUUCUUCACAAUCGAGUGGUUCCUACAGCCAAGAAAGUCUCAGUCUUGGAGACCUUGGAAGUUCCUUAUACAGUUCUCAGAGCCAAGAAGGUCUUAGUGGAGGAUUGUCUCUUGGAUCUUCUCAGUCUUCUGGUUCCCACAGUCAAGGUUCAUCUGGUAAAUCAAGUGGUUCUUCGUACACUUAUUACAGCCAAGGAGGUCUUAGUGAAGGAUCAUCUCUUGGUUCUUCUCAAUCUUUUGGUUCCUAUGAUCAGGGUUCUUCUGGUAAAUCAAGUGGUUCUUCGUACAUUUCUUACAGUCAAGGGGGCAUUGGUGAAGGAUUAUCUCUUGGUUCUUCUCAAUCUUCUGGUUCCUAUAGUCAGGGUUCUUCUGGUAAAUCAAGUGGUUCUUCGUACAUUUCUUACAGUCACGGAGGCCUUGGUGAAGGAUCAUCUCUUGGUUCUUCUCAAUCUUCUGGUUCCUAUGGUCAGGGUGCUUCUGCUAAAUUAAGUGGUUCUUCGUACAUUUCUUACAGCCAAGGAGACCUUGGUAAAGGAUUAUCUCUUGGUUCUUCCCAAUCUUCUGGUUCCUAUGAUCAGGGUUCUUCUGGUAAAUCAAGUGGUUCUUCGUACAUUUCUUACAGCCAAGGAGGCCUGAGUGGGGGAUUAUCUCUUGGUUCUUCUCAAUCUCCUGGUUCUUACAGUCAAGGUUUGUCUGGUAAAUCAAGUGGUUCUUCGUACAGCCAAGGAAGUCUUGGUGGAGGAUUAUCUCUUGGCUCUUCUCAAUCUUCUGGUUCAUCUGGUAAAACAAGUGGUUCUUCUUACAUUUCUUACGGCCAAGGAUUAUCCUUAGGUGGUUCUUAUAGCCAAGGCAACUCUGGUUCUUCUCUUAGUGGUUCUUACUCCAGCUCCGGUUCCUCUAAACAAUCUUCUGGUUCUUCCUACAUUAGUCACAUCCAAGAAAAUAUUGGUGGUGGUUCCAGUAGUGAAGAGUACAGCAGCCACGAAGAGCACCACACCCACCCAAAGUAUCAUUUCAAAUACGGUGUUGAAGACAAACAUACCGGAGACAUUAAACAACAUGAAGAAAGUCGCGAUGGUGAUGUUGUUAAAGGACAAUAUUCUCUUCACGAACCUGAUGGUACCAUCUUGACUGUUCACUACACUGUUGAUAAGAAGAGCGGAUUUAAUGCCGUCGUUGAAAGAAAAGGACACGCUGCCCAUCCUCAACACUCUUCUCACCACUAG